AACUCCCUCAAAAACUAUUCUUAUUUUCCUUAUAUAUAUCUCAAUCCUUUCACAUAAUAUAUAUACUACUUCUUUUUAUAUGUAUUAAGAGAGGAAAAUUAGUCAAUUUCUCAAAAUUUCGUACUUGUUAUUAUAUGGCUACCAAGUGGUUCUCUAACAAAGGUCUAAAGUUUUUUAAUCGUGGAAGAUCAAGAUCUUCCAACUCAUCAUCACUAUGCUCUCCAAAAUCUCCAAUUUCAUCAUGUACAACACCAAAAAUUAACAACAAUAAUGAAAAUGAUCAAGGAUUAAGAGAUGUUUUCCGUUACUUUGAUGGAGAUGGAGAUGGAAAAAUUUCAGCCUAUGAACUUAGGUCAUAUUUUGGAUCAAUUGGAGAGCACAUGUCUCAUGAGGAAGCCGAAAAAGUAAUCGAUUACCUCGAUGGCGAUGGCGAUAACUUGUUGGAUUUCAAUGAUUUUAAUAAGUUGAUGAAAGGAGAAGGAAGGGAUGAUCAAGAUCUAAGAAAGGCUUUUGAAAUGUUUGUGUGGGAUGAAAAAGAAGGGUGUGGAUGUAUUACUCCAAAAGGGUUGCAAAGGAUGUUGCACCGUCUUGGAGAUGAUAGGUCCUAUGAAGAGUGUGUAGUUAUGAUUGAUGCAUUUGAUAUAGAUCAUAAUGGUGUUCUUGAUUUCAAUGAGUUUCACCAAAUGAUGGCUUAAUUAAUGUUAAUUUUUUUCCAUCGUUCCAAAUGAGAUUUGGAAUUGCAUGGAUAUAUGUUUGCUUUAGAGACUUUAGAGCUUAUACAAUUAAAAUGUGUAAAUAUAUAUGGUGGUGAGUGAGUUUGUUAGUUUUAUAAUAAAGAAAGAAUUAUAUAUUGAGAUUCGUACAUGUUGUGUUAAUUUCAUCAAUAUACACUUGAAAAGAAAAUAUUGUGAGCGCAUUGAGAUUUGAAUUCCAUUA